GGCCCUUCCCCGCCCCCGCCGCCGCCUCCCGCCGCUGCAGCCGCCGCCGCCGCCGCCAGCGUCCUUGCGGCAGGAAGAUGCCCGGGGAGGUGCCGCCGCCGGCGCCCCGGGGGCUGCGGAGCCUUGCGGUGCUGCUGCCGCUGCUGCUGCUGCUCAACGGCCGCGCCGCGCUGGCUCAGCGCUGGCGCAAUGAGAACUACGAGAGGCCCGUGGACCUGGAGGGCUCGGGGGAUGAUGACCCCUUUGGGGACGAUGAACUGGAUGAUGUCUACUCAGGCUCUGGCUCAGGGUAUUUUGAGCAGGAGUCGGGACUCGAGACAACAGUUAGCCUCACCACGGACACAUCUGUCACGCUCCCCACCACAGCAGCUGUGCUGCCCAUCACCUCGGUGCAGCCUGUGGCAACCCCCUUUGAACCUUUCCCUGCUGAGGACACCACCCCCGAGCAGGCAACCAGUCUCUUGUAUAUCCCCAGGAUGACAAAGGCACCAGUGAUCCCCAGCUGGAAAGCAAUCACGACCAGUACCACUGCCAGAGACUCCCCUACCACCACAACCACCACCACGGCCAGCACCACUACCACUGUGGCCACGACCACCACCAGCACCACCAUGGCCACUGCCAAGCCCACCACCAUCUGGAUAUUCCUGCCCCCUUUCAUCACCAAGGCAUCCACCACCCAGGCCACGACCCUGGAGACACCCACCACCUCCACCCUCGAAACCAGCACACCAACAGAGGUGGCCACAUCAUGGCUUGUCCCCACCAGCACACCCAAGCCCAGGUCCCUGCCAAAACCAACCACCUCCAGGACUGCAGACCUCACAGAAAAAAGCACUGCUUUUCCAUCCAGUCCUACCAUGCUGCCGCCCACAGAAGCCCCCCAGAUGGAGCCAGGGGAGGUGACGACAGUCCUUGACAACGAGCUGGAGGUCCCGGUCAGCAGCGGCCCCAGCGGGGACUUUGAGAUCCGGGAGGAGGAAGAGACGACUCGUCCCGAGCUUGGUAAUGAGGUGAUGGCUGUUGUGACGCCGCCAUCGGGACGUGUGCUGGGCAAGAAUGCAGAGCCAGGAAUGAUCGACAACACGAUAGACUCUGGUAACUCGGCUGCUCAGCUCCCUCAGAAAAACAUCCUGGAGAGGAAAGAAGUAUUGAUAGCGGUGAUUGUGGGCGGCGUGGUGGGAGCCCUCUUUGCUGCCUUCCUGGUCAUGCUGCUCAUCUACCGGAUGAAGAAGAAGGAUGAGGGCAGUUACACGCUGGAGGAGCCCAAGCAAGCCAACGUGACAUACCAGAAGCCCGACAAGCAGGAGGAGUUCUACGCAUAGAAGGAGAGCGUGGUGUGCCUUGCGCUCCCUCCCUCCCCACUCCAAACUCUCCCUCUUCCUCUACUUCAUCCAGUCUCUCUCUCUCUCUUUUUUGGAUCAGACUGUGAAUUUAAAAAGCAAAACCUGCAACAGCUAAAGAAGAAAACACACCUUCGGCAUGAUGAAAAAUCAAGUGCCCAGAGCAUCGUUGAGUUCAGACUGAGUACCACUGGCCUUUCUGCUAGCGGGAGGGACAGGGCAAGGAGCCAACGCCAAGGAACCUGUGCCUGGGGAGUGCUCUGGCGAGCCCGGGAUGGGGCAGUCAAGCUGCUGAUGGCAGCCGGAGGUUAACGGGGCUUUUCCCACCAACAGAACAGACUCCAGGAUCCGGACAUCUUCUACCAGCUCUGGGGCGCAGGGGGGUUGGUUUGGAUUUAUCUCCCCUUAUUUUUUUUUCCCUUUGGAAAGGAGGGAUGUAUCUUUCCCUCUCUCUUGUUUUUACUUUUUAUUUUCUUUUUGAAUGGGGUUGGUUGCUUUGCAGGAAUUACCUGGCUCCCUGCUUCUGUUUGAAGAGAGGACGCAACUCUCAAAUAUGCUUUGAACCUUGAAAAAAAGCACAAGGGGCUGGAAUACCUGAUGCCCUGGGAUUUGCUCGUGGAGUGAGGGGAAAAAAAAACAACCCAAACAUGGCCAGUAUGCUGGAAAUGAUCUCUUUAGAUCAACUCUUUGGAGAGUUCGUGGAGCAGCAAGAAGCUGCAUUGGGGAAUCUCAUGCUGCUCCCCUCCUGCUACUGCCUCACUUCACUGCAUCGCUGUGCACAGCCAGAGACCUUAAAUCUACAGACACUGCGUGUCACCAGCCGCUGCGGGGUUUGGAUGAGAAGGGACCUUGCUUUUGCUGGGUUUUCACUGUGACCAAUAAAACUCAGCUUGCACAGUAUGACCUACAGCAGUAGUUUUAAAAUGGAGUGGGACAUUUCUUGGUGGGGAGUUGGCAGGGAGAGGAGUUGGAAAUGGAGAAGCUGACUCCUCUCCACUGUUCCUCCAGAGGGGACAACAAAGCUCUACAGGGCAUGAGAUGCAGCAUAAGAAAAGGAAUGCAAAGCAGAAGCGAUACCUUGGGGGUCAGGCAGGGGUCCCCACCAGGCCACGCACACCCAAAGGUGAGGAGGGUGUGGCAGAGUGGUGGCUUUCCACUGGUCAGCCCCAGGGCAGGUUGGUUGCUACGUAUCUUUUGCAAGACCCAGAACUGAUGGUUUGUGUUUCUUUUUUUGUUGCUUAAAUUCUAGUAUAACCCACAGGGCACCCAGGAGCCUGAGAGCAAUAGAUCCUGGAGGCCAUUGUCACCCAAGUGCAGUGGUUUCCCCUCUGAAGCUACCUGAGGUGCAGAGCAGCAGGGCGUGAUUCAGAGUCCAACUGUGCCUUCUGGAAAGGCUGGAUUUUUUUUGAGCAGGCUCUCUGCACAGAAAAAUCAAUUAGGUAUUUCAAUGAGUUGGCUUUUAAUUAGCUGAAGCGCUGUUUGCGAUGCAGUCAAGGAGCUUUGUUUGCAUGAUGGUUGUGAUCUCAAUGGUGUCCCAUGGAGACCUUGGUGUUGCUCUUAGAGCGAUUUGAACAGGGGAAAAAACCGGGGGAAACUGGGUUGCUUUCACUUGUUGCAUCAUGAAUUAACCUGCACAGACAGUGACACUUUGUCCCCUCAGGGUGUUAGUGGUUAUAAGGAUUUAUGACCCUGGUGGAAGCUACAAGACAGCAGUGCUGCUUUAUGUCAGGAAUUUGAGAGGCCAAAUGCGUAUUAUAUAUAUAUAUAUAUAUAUGUAUAUGUAUAUAUAUAUAUAUGUAUAUACACACACACUUACA